AUGAAGGACGAGUGCGCUGCAAGGGUCCCAGAUCCAGAGGGAGAGCAAUUGCAAGCAGACCUCAGCGAGGACUGCGAAAGCGACUGGGCUGCGGCGAUCCGAGCAGCACUGCCCGAGCCGGAGGGCGGAUUCCCAAGCCAGGCCUUCUCAUCUUACUCACAGACGGCGUGUCCAGACUCCGGGAGAAGCCAGGAUGAGUAUCUGGCAAGGCUCGAGAAGCGUUUGGACAGCUUGCACCGCGUGCCAAAGAGGACCGCAGUCCCCUGGCGGGCAAUGGUCAUCCAGCUUUCCGACUUCUCGGCCUCGGGGCACAUGCGCUGGCCUUCGGAGGAGCUGUCAGUUUCAGGCUGGCCUCUCGAUGUGGGUGUUGAGAGCACUCCGCUCCUGGAGCACGGCAUGGCAACUGAGCAUGCGCAGCAAGGUUCGGCCCAGACCUUCGACGCUGGACGCUUUGGUCGUUGGCUACGCAUGAUGCUGGUGUCCUUCUAUACGGAUGAAGAAGCAGCGGUGGCCGAUGUGUUCUGCAGGUCCAUCAUCAUGUCCGGAGGCUACACCAACGGUAGCGCCGAGGGAAGACGCGAGUACGACCACCCCAUCGUCAUUCUAGGUGGCGGCAUGGGCGGCCUCAUGACGGCCGUGGACUUUCUCAGGCAGAACCGCAAAGACUUCAUUAUCUUGGAGCGUUACGAUGCCUUUGGUGGGACGACCUGGCGGGAUGUGGCCAACGAAACCACCAAGUUGCAGACAGAGAAGGGAACUUAUGUUCCGGAGUAUUUGGACCCAGAAGUACAUGCAGACGAGGAUCAGAAGACCUGGCCUUCGCGUGACAGCAUCCUGGACAUGUGCGUUGCUUGUGCAGAGAAGCACGGCCUGGAGGACAAGGCCAAGUUCAAUACGUCUCUCGAGAAGGUCGAAGUGAAGGGUGACCUCCUUGCCGGCGGGCAUAUUGAGCUGAGCAUCACUACCGAAGAUUCCUCGGAAUCCCUGAAGUGCUCUGCACUUGUGUCCUGCCCAGGUGUGUUCUACAAUCCUAUUGACCUGAAAUGGCCGGGUCGGGAGGAGUUUGGUGGCUACGUCACCCAUGGCUCGUACGAUGGCAUCGACUACGACAAGCUGAAAGAUGCCAGAGUAUGUAUUGUAGGUCACGGAGGCUUCACCAUCGAGAACGUCCGCACAUGCGUGGAGCGAAAGUCCAAAAAGAUUUACGUAGUCUGUCGGCAUCGUCACUUGGCGGGACCAAAGAUGGUCUCCUGGAUGGUCAGUGGCGCUGCCGUUCCGAUUCCAGGGCCGUUCAUCGUCGAAGCCUUCCAGAAGAUGUAUGGUCUGCUGGGAGUUGACGUUUGGACCCAUCCAGUUGUGAACGCCAAUGCCGAUCGAUCCAGCGCCGUCUUGACUCAGACGACCACUUUCGGCGUUACCGACAUCUACUUCCUUGCGUGCUACUACAAGGUGUGCGAGGUUAUCCAAGGUGAGAUUGACAAGCUCAGCAAAGGCAAGGUCCACCUCAAGGACGGCAAGGAGUUGGAGUGCAAUGUGGUCAUGAAGUGUUUGGGAAGCCACGGGGCCACGGACUUUGACGACAUCAUCGGCUUCAAGUUUUAUCAGGGCUGGUGGGUCAAUGGCGAGCCUCUGAUGCCAUGCAUGGCUCCAGCCAAAGGUGUACAAGCCAAGAACUUCGCGGGUUUCAGCCUUGCCCCAGGCUACGCUGGGCAAAUCAUCACCAACAGAUACUUCAUCGACCACCCGGAGAAGUUCUUAGGUGUGCGAGACUGGCUGCCCAAGCAGAACCGAGACGAGCACUACGAGUGCAACUACAUCUACAAGGGCGCCCAUGUUCUAGCAACGAUGGUUAUUUUGCAGACUCAAUUCCCGGACCUCUCGAUGGAGUUGGCUGAAGCUGACAAGCUGAAGGCGUACAAGCACAUGAAGGCUCAUCCUUUAGAGAAGCACCUCGACGAGUGCCUUGCGGAAUGGAAGAUGUACAUCAAGAUGAUGAAGGAUCAAGGACAGAUUCCUGCAGAUGCAGAGGAAGUCGAAUAUCCAUACACCAAGGAGAACCUCCUGGAGAUGGACCAGAGAUGCCAGGAGGCACUAAAGGCCGAAUGGGAGAAGAUGAUGGCCAAAAAGGCCAAGGCCGGAAAGUGA